AUGUCUGUACCCGAAAAUAAACCUCGUUGGGACAACACCUCGUGGUAUGUUGGCAAACGUGUUUAUUUGUGGCUUAUAAAAUAUAUCAUUAAAACAAUAAAUUAUUUUGUUGGCUCUGAUGAACCAGGUACAGCAGCUUGCCCAAAUGCAUUUUUUCACUGUACAAAUGCUGGACAUAAACCAAAGGAGAUCCCAACUUCAUGGGUAAAUGAUGGAAUAUGUGAUUGUUGUGACACAAGUGAUGAAUAUAAUAGUAGUUCUGAUUGUGUAAAUAACUGCAUUGAACUUGGAAGAAGAGCUAGAGAGGAAGCCAUAAGAAAAAAGGAACUGUUAGCUAAAGGAUACAAUCUGCGAGUAGAACUUGGCAAACAAGGAAAGCAGAAGAAAGAAGAAUACAAAGCUUAUUUAGAAAAACUGAGAAAGGAAUAUGAAGAAACUCAGAAAGUAAAGGAAGAAAAAGAAGAAAUGAAAAAAGAAGCAGAAGAGAAGGAAAAAGUUGCAUUAGAAAAAUACAAAGUUGAAGAAGAUGACAAAAAACAUCAGCAAGAGGAGCUUGACGUGUUACGCCACCGACAAGAAGAAAAGGUCAAUGCCGAGAAUGCUUUCAAUACUCUAGAUAAGAAUGAAGAUGGGAUCCUCACUGUAGAUGAACUUCAACAGUGUCUGAAGUUCGAUCAGAAUCGUGAUGGGGUUGUGUCCAAAGAUGAAGCUAUGCUCUUUCUACAAAUGAAAGAAGAAAUGGAAUAUGAGGAGUUUAUCAGUACUGGUUGGAUGAUAAUGAAGCCUAUUUAUAUGAUGGAUAUAACUUCUGCCCCAGAAACACCAGUCGUACAUUCGUCUUCUGAAGAAGUGGCAAGAAAAGAGGAUCAUCACAUUCAAGAAGAUAAUCAACAUGAGGAACCAGUGGAAGGAGAUAGUAGUGAAAAUGAAAUUUAUCAUCCUCCAAUAAAUGAAGAUGAUUUGGAUAAAGAAGAAUUUGAUGAUGAGAAUCCUCAUCCCCAAGUUCAGGAAGAUGAACAAAAACCACCAGAAAAACAAGAACCAAAAUACGAUGAAGAAACACAAAAAAUAAUUGAUGCUGCUAAUGAAGCAAGAGAAGAAUUUUCUAAAGCAGAAAAAGAAUAUAAACGGAUAAGCGAUGAAAUUGGGAAUACUGAACAAGUGUUGGAAGUAGAUUUUGGUCCAAAUGAAGAAUUUUUUACCCUCAAAGGUCAAUGUUUUGAAAUCACAGAUCGAGAAUAUACAUACUCUCUGUGCCCUUUUGAUCGAACUUCACAGAGGCCCAAGGAUGAUGGUUCAGAGACUAAUUUAGGACGUUGGGGUCGGUGGGUAGGGCCUGAAGAGAAUAAGUAUUCCAAGAUGAAAUAUGAAGGGGGUGUAACUUGUUGGAAUGGCCCAGCUCGGUCAGUUAUUGUGAACUUACAAUGUGGAGUACAGAAUAUAUUAACUUCUGCUUCUGAACCAAGUCGCUGUGAGUACUUAUUUGAAUUCACAACACCAGCCAUGUGUUUUACUCCUCUCAGUCAAAUGGAUGAAACAGAACAUGUUCAUACAGAACUAUAACUCGAAUCUUUCUUAUCUCUCAACAUAUACACAGGCGUUAUGAAAUUUGGUAUUCUUUGUUUUUGAAGAACUUCUCUACAUUGCUUUUUGUAAUUUAAUUAGUCAUAAAUACAGCAGUAUUAUUAAAGUGUUUAAGUUGGUAAAUUGGAAAGAAUGGCCAUAUAACUAUAUCUUACUAAGUGUAAUGCAUAAGGAGCUGCUUGUUAAAAAGAGAGAAAGUAAGACAAAGAUAUUGUGGAAUUUAAUGUUAUUAAUGGUGCUUAAUGAGAUUAGUAUUGAUGCUGUGAAAUAUAUGGGGAUUAGAAGAUAAGGAAGAAUGUGUUUAAAAUGAGAUAAAACUUCAGUUGUAAUAAAUUCGAUUCAAAAGUCAGUUGUGCUUAGUAAAAUCUUUAAAAGAAAAAGUCUGAAUUGAAAAAUUUGAUUUUUUUGUAUAAGAUAUUACAUGUGUUUGGUUUCUGUAUACCAUAGCCACUGAGAGAAAACUGUAUUGUAAUAAUAGAAUAAUACAUUUAAAAUUGCACUUCUUAAAUAAAUAGUUUUAAUAACAUUCUUAAAAUGUUAUUGCUUAUUGUUCAUAAUCAUUUUUCUGAUAAUUGUAUUUUGUCAUAAAAUAUUAACAUAGUUUUUGAUGUCUAUCUAAAAAAACUAAAAUUACUAAGAUGACCAACAAUAAUAUUUUUUCUGCUGAAAACAAUUUAAAUUAUUAGAAAUUGCAGACUUUAGCUUUUUAUCUAGGUUUUUGUUAUAGAAUUUAGUAACUACAUCCAUUCACUACUCACUCAUUCUUAAUGAAUUUGUAUACUUUAUAAAGAAUCAAAAAUUCAAAUAUUCAAACUCACAAUUUUGAAUAUUGUUGAAAAAACUUAAUUUAAGCUUCAAGUUGAAAUUAUGUAAUUAAAGUAGCUUUCAUUAAUUCUUUGCACUUGUUUUCAGUUUUAUUUGAAUGUUUGUGAAGAAGGAAACAGAAAGUUCCUUUAAAGUCAGUUGGCUCGUUGAAUUUUUAGGGUUAGGAAUUACACUUAUUAAUAUAAUGUGAGAUAUCAUUUUUAGAAGAUCCUAAUUAUGAGGUUUAUGAAAACAGUUAAGCAUGCAUUUUAAUGGUUGAGGUUUGGUAUAUAUAUAUAUAU